GUUCGCCAACCGUGGCCUCCCUGGGCGAGCUGCUGGCCACCAAGACGCUGAUGGCUGCAGGAGACAAAGGGCGUGGUGAAGACGACUUCCGUGGCCAUUGUAGGCACGCUGGACACCGAAGGCGAGCUGCUGGAGACCAAGGACGUGCUGGACCCGAAGACCAUGGCCCCCGUGGACGAGCAAGGGCACGGUCAAGCUGCUGUACAUCAAGCGCGUGAAGCGCGGGACGCCCGUGGCCGAGCUGUGGUACAUCGAGGGCACAACCGUGCGUGUAGGUAAAUAUAGCAAUUCCAUUUCUAGAAAUGUCCAGUGUUCAAGUCGCUUUGCCAUUGUUUUCAAAACGCAAAAAAGGUGAAACCGUCUGAGGGUAGCUCGGGUUGUUUUCCCGGCGAUGGAAGGUGUUGAAGGUGUCAACAGUGCAGGUGAUACAUCCUUCAUAUCGGUCGGCCAGUGGUUUGGUUCUCAACGUGCUUGUACCAAGGCAAUUAAGUCUUUUGCCUCAAGUACAGGGAAAUCUGUGCGUCUGGAUCCAACUGCUGCUGGAGGAGCCUACCUUCGCUACCAGUGCAAAGGAGGUGACCUCUGUCGUUUUGAGGUUGCUGCGUGCCGUGCACAGUCCAAUUCUCAGCGGGGUUAUCACAUUAGCAAAUGCAACCUUGAACACAACAUGUGCAGCGGCCGGUCUAAAAUUGCGGCAUCGCAACUGCGAUCUAUGGAAUCGAUUCGUACAUUGGUGGCAUCGGACCCUAAUGUGUCGGGGCGCACGAUUGUGGAUCAGGUGAAGGCCCUAUCGGGCGCGAACAUACCUUUGAAGGAGGCCUACCGUGGCAAGCGUUGAUUCUUGACGAUCUGUUUGGGACUGUGGAGGACGGAUUUCACCGCCUACGUUCUCUGCUGUCUACAUGGCUAAUGGUCAGUGCCCCGUUGAUAUGGCCAAGGUACUUUACGGACUGCAAGCAGCUUCUAGCCCUGAAGAAUACAAACUGACACACCCCAACACUGCAGACUACAUUGAAGGCAUUGACCCCAGCAAGUGGGUUUUGUACCCAGCUCUCAGGACAAACCGACUGUACGGAUGGCGUACAACAAACUUUGUCGAAUCGCAGAAUGCGGCUGCCCUGGCACCUCGCCUCCUGUUGCCCUUUGGGUUUUUCUCGUUCUUUAUGAAGCAAAUUAUGGAUAGCGAGUACAAACACCAACAACUAGCCGCAGAGUGGAUAAAAAAGGAGGUGAGCUUGACCCACAGACUACACACCAAAAUUCAGAAGCAACAAGAGCUUUCAUUGCAACGACUACGACCAACACGAAUUCCUUGUCGCCACUACAUAGUGGCUUUGCAUCAUGUCAACCGCUCAUCCGAAAUGUUUGACGUAGUAGAUGACUGCUUCAAACUCGAUUCCUUCCAGGUGCUACAUGGAUCUAACGCGCAAGGCCCCAUCGAACUUGUGCUGGACGAAGAACUAGCCGUUAACAAGGACGAUCUACUAGCCGUUAACAAGGACGAUCUGCCCCCGAAACUAAAUCAGAAUCCUGGUCGCAACAAGCAGCGACGGUAUCCUAGCAGUGGAGAUACGACGCAGAGCGUUGGCAGGGCGAAGCGAAAAAUGACCUGCACCAAGUGUAACCGGCAAGGACACAACAAGCGCACAUGCGGUAAGUAGGCGUAGGCCGUGCGAGGAAUGCAAACAAAUCGAGUUCUCGGAUAAUACAUUGCAUAUCAAUUAGCCGUCAUAAUGCAUCUCGUAUUACACCCAACUACUCAUGUGCAGUGGCGACUCGGCCGUCCCCUCGAUGUACCACAGCUCGGCCACGGGCGUCCCGCGCUUCACGCGCUUGAUGUACAGCAGCUUGACCGUGCCCUUGGUCUUCGGUAGCUCGUCCACGGGGGCCAUGGUCUUCGGGUCCAGCACGUCCUUGGUCUCCAGCAGCUCGCCUUCGGUGUCCAGCGUGCCUACAAUGGCCACGGAAGUCGUCUUCACCACGCCCUUUGUCUCCUGCAGCCAUCAGCGUCUUGGUGGCCAGCAGCUCGCCCAGGGAGGCCACGGUUGGCGAGUCCAGCGAG